CUCUAGGCAAUUUUGUUGUGUAUAGUCAGUCUAGGGCAUGUUUCCUGAUGGGAUAGUCGAUGCGUAACUCCUGAACAUGGCACCAGUGUUGUAACUAUGAACCAUGACGAACAAUGCAGAUCUUUCCCUUAAUUUUCAGAGAGUAAUGCAGGCUUAUUGCAGUUGUUUAACUUCCACAGAUUUAUGUUAAGUUUUGACCGGUUUAGUUCAAAACAUGUGAAUAAAAGUUUUGUUGUUUUGUUGUAAAGUUUAAGAUAUCCGGGUCUAGCUACAUCAUUAUGCAGCAAACACUGCAAUUUUUUGAAGUUUUAUUAGUUCAGCUUUUACUGUGGGUUUCCCUUCUUCCUUCGCGGCUUCUUACUUCGUCCAUAUAUUCAUAUGACUAUCACAACGUGUUGCUGGAUCAUUUUGCUUCCAAAAAUUUCCAAAUAAAGUUACCAUGCAAGGCUCUGCUGAGUGAUGGGAAAAGGAGUGGACGGGUGGUGUUUAAUGCGUUUUGCGAAAGACAGCCUUUCCAGGUGAAUCUUAUUUUACCUAAUGUAUCAUCGGAAUGCCAACAUAUUCAGUCUGACGAAGAGCUGCGGUUGUAUUUAAACAUCCGGUCACUAUCUCUGCAACAAUCCGAAACCGUCAACAUCAUCGAUCCGCUAUCCCGUUCAAAAAAGCAGCUUACCUCGCAGCAUAAACCCAAUACCAUCGAUUUCGGCCUCCAGUCCUACGGACAAGCCCUGUCUUCUGGGUCAAGUAUCCUUGUGGAAUAUUUGCCCGGAAAUUCCGUUCCCGUUUGUACGGGAAAAGACGGCGACACACUGUUAAUGGACAUCGACUUCGUCAUCGUUUCCAAAGCCGUACCGCAGAAUAUCGACGGCUAUAAAUUCACCAACUGCGAGGCACUGAACGGCUAUAUCCCGACCGGUAUGCUAUGUGAUCAGUACAGCGAUAGUCGACCGUUAGGUUGCCCGGUGAAUAUUUCACAAAGCGCUGUAAAGGGCACCGGCAGCAAAGAUCCCGAUCCGGCGACCGGACAGGAUCGCCGCAAUCUGGAUUGCUACAAGUUGGCCUUGGGUGAUGCGGCGGAGAGUGUCAGAAGUAUUAUGGAUGGAUCGUUGGUGGUGAUUGAAGCGGUAUCAGACGCACACAGAUUACGCACACAAGGACUGACACCCAUGUUAUCAUUUCUAACGACUUCCUUAGUAUGUUUUUCGCUCUUUGUAUAGGAUUUUGAUUUUUGAUAAUUUAUUCCAUACAUUUCUGUCUUUCAAAUGAAAAUGGUGGUGUUUAUCACGUACUGAGAAACGCACGAACAGCAUAUAGAUAUACCAAAAUGUCUGAAUUGUGCUACUAGCGGUGCUGAUCCACUAUAUAUACUCGUAAUAUGUAAACUUAUAUCAUAUAUGUAAGUA